GCCGCCAUCCAUAAAGAGAAACUCAGAGUUCUGGCUUCUGAUUCUGACUCUCACGUAGCAUGGCGCGAGAAAUGUGCGGUGGAGGCGAUGACUGAAUAUUGUGAGGCCGCCCAGGGCUUCGACAACGAAGACCUGGCGAAGGACUGCGUGUUCUGCAAACUUGGCAUCAAAGACUUUCACAUGUCAGGUGAACAUGGCCUUCUCGUCAACGAGUGCACGAGGCAUAUUGCUGAGGACCGAGAGCAAUUCAGAGCCAUGUUGUCCAGCAUUGUCCGUAACCAAUGUGUCUGUCUGUCUGCUGACUUUGACGCACACCCGUUCGUGUACAGGGUCCUUCGGGGUACCAGCAUGGGCUUGUGCAGCAGCAGCGAAGUCUCGGAUCUCGUGUUUUAUAGUACGGUCGAGAAACCCUUCGUGCUCCGCUCAGACAUCAAGCGCGAGUACGGCAUUGUGUUCUACGGCCGCUAUCGCGACGACAUUAUGUGCAUUAGUUCCAAACCAGACCUACUCCACGAGAUGUUGCAACGCAUGCAGGCUCUGAGCCGUUGCUUUGAUCUAACUAUCGGUUGCAUCUACCCUCUUCGCACGAUCAUGUGGGAUCUCAGUCUGCGGUGUUGUGUCAGAGGUGACAAUGUAGCC